UUUAUACAUGCAGAACUUUAUGGAGAAACUAUACAAACAUAUGCACCAUGAAAAUGGAAAAUUAAGUUCCUAAAUUAUAGGUACCUAAUAAAAAGUACCUUGAACUGUGAUCUGAAAUUUGAUAACUUUCCACAAAUAGCUAGAAAUAAUUAAUUUCCACCCCCAUCUUGAUUUCAUCACUAACAUUAAUUGUACUCAUUUUAAAAUUAUUAUCUUUUAAUUCUAAAGAAAAAAGAUCAUCUAUACCCAAGAACCAGCUUAUUGUUUUUCAAUGCUGAUUCUUAAUCUGAGUGUUUGUAGUAUAAUUGAACUCUUCAUCUUCACUAGCUGGAAAAAAAUCAAUUUUUUUUUUAAAGACCUGAAGUAAUGUUCUUGGUAUAUUGGAUUGUUGUUAUUGGAUCCACAUAGAGGAAUUAAAGGGUUGAUUUUUUAUUUGUGGAGUUAUUUUGGUGAAUUGGGUCUUUUUUUCUGGUUGAAUUUAGUGUAAAGAUUUGAACUUUAGAAGGGGAUUUUGUGGUUGAUUUUUUUAUUUUGAGAUCAUUUGGUGAGUUGGGUGUCUUUUUAUGGUUGAAUUUAGUGUAAAGAUUUGAACUUUAGCAAGAAAACAGUUGGAUUUUGUGGUUGGUUUUUUAUUUUGAGAUCAUUUGGUGAAUUGGGUCUCUUUUUCUGGUUGCAUUUAGUGCAAAGAUUUGAACUUUAGAAAGAAAAAGGGGAUUUUCUGGUUAGUUUUGGAUUCUGAGAUCAUUUUGGUGAGUUGGGUCUCUUUUUUCUGGUUGAAUUUAGUGUAAGGAUUUGAACUUUAGAAAGAAAACAGUUGGAUUUUGUGGUUGGUUUUUUAUUUUGAGAUCAUUUGGUGAAUUGGGUCUCUUUUUUCUGGUUGAAUUUAGUGCAAAGAUUUGAACUUUAGGAAGAAAUCAGUUGGAAUUUGUGGUUGAUUUUGGAUUCUGUGAUCAUUUGGUGAGUUGGGUCGCGUUUUUCUUGGCGAACUUAGUGGUUUUUUUCUUAGUGUGGGGGAUUUUGUUGAAGUAGUCCACAUCAGUAGGUGAAUUUUGUACCAAGAUUUGAACUUUAGGAAGAAAACAGUCGGAUUUUCUGGUUAAAUUUCGAUUCCAUGAUCAUUUGGCGAGUUGGGUCUCGUUUUAAUUGGUGAAUUUAGUGGUUUUUUCCUCAGUGUGGAGGAUUUUGUUGAAGUAGUCCACAUUAGGAGGUGGAUUGUAUACCAAGAUUUGAACUUUAGAAAGAAAACAGUUGGAUUUCUGGUUAAUAAUCGAUUCUGUGAUCAUUUGGCGAGUUGUGUCUCGUUUUUCUUGGUGAAUUUAGUGAUUUUUUCACUUGAGUGGGAGAUUUGGUUGAAGUAGUCCAUAUUAGCAGGUGAAUUUUAUACCACGAUUUGAACUCUAGGAAGAUAACAAUUGCAUGUGUAUGAAAGGAAAUAGGAUAAUGAGAGGUAAAUUAGGAGGACUGAGGGUGAGGGGACAACAAUGACUAUAGAGUCAUUUACUCUUUGUUCUUCUGAAAGUUAUAGUUCUUUGCUGCAUUCUAAACUACAACACCCUGAAAGCAACCUAAAAUGUUUAAGGAGAAAGAAGGACUAUUCCCCGGGAUUCACAAAUUUGCACCUAGAAAGAAGGUGGGGAUGCUGCUAUUGUGUGCUGUUUCAUUAGCAGUUUUCUUGUGGGUCUUGUUUGCUGACAAAGGUGAAGAUGCACAAGAACUUAAUGCCUCCACAAGAACUAAUGUUGGACAAAGGGCAUUAACUGUCCAACCUCUUGCUCCUCCUCGUCCUGUAUACUUUAAAGGAUACACUCUUCCUCCUGGGAAUCCAUGUGAAGGCUUCACGUUGCCACCCCCGCCAGCAGAUAAAAAGAGGACGGGACCAAGGCCAUGUCCAGUAUGCUAUCUUCCUGUUGAACAAGCUAUUGCAUUAAUGCCUGAUGCACCAUCCUUUUCUCCUGGGGUUAGCAAUUUGACUUACAUUCAUGAAGAAAAUUCAGGGAAACCCGAGUUUGGAGGAUAUCCAUCACUGAUGCAGAGGAAUGAUUCAUAUGAUGUAAGAGAGUCCAUGAGUGUGCACUGUGGAUUUGUUAGAGGAAUCAGGCCUGGACAUCAAACAGGUUUUGACAUUGAUGAUUCUGACCUUCAUGCAAUGGAAUCUUGUCGAGGUGUCGUUGUGGCAUCAGCAAUAUUUGGAGCUUUUGAUUUGAUAAGGCAACCAAAAAAUAUCAGCGAAUAUGCCACAAAAAAUGUCUGCUUCCACAUGCUUGUGGAUGAAGAAACAGAAGUUUUCUUAAGAAACUCUAGUGAGCUAGAUGGUACCAUGAGAAUUGGCUUAUGGAGAAUUGUCAUUGUUCAUAACCUACCUUAUGAUGAUCCGAGGCGAAAUGGAAAGGUUCCAAAGCUUCUGCUUCACAGGCUUUUUCCCAACGCUCGUUAUUCUCUAUGGAUUGAUGCCAAACUUGAGCUGGUUGUCGAUCCAUAUCAAAUACUUGAAAGGUUCUUGUGGAGAAAAAAUGCCAGCUUUGCAAUAUCAAGGCAUUAUAGGCGCUUUGAUGUGUUUGUAGAAGCAGAAGCUAAUAAGGCAGCUGCAAAGUUUGACAAUGCUUCCAUUGACUAUCAAGUUCAAUUCUAUAAAAAGGAAGGUCUAACUCCUUAUUCCACAGCUAAACUUCCUAUUACAAGUGAUGUCCCUGAGGGAUGUGUAGUAGUAAGGGAGCACAUUCCAAUCUCCAAUCUCUUUGCUUGUCUUUGGUUUAACGAAGUGGACCGUUUUACUCCAAGAGACCAAAUUAGCUUCGCCAUUGUGAGGGACAAGAUCAUGUCUAAGACAAAUUGGACAGUGAAUAUGUUCUUGGACUGUGAAAGGCGCAACUUUGUGAUUCAGGGGUAUCACCGAGACAUUCUUGAGCACUGGGCUCCCCCACCUCCCCCUGGUGCCACUGAAAUUGUUCAUCCUCCACCGCCUGUAGCUAAUGAAACCAUACAGACCUCGGGCAAUGUUACAGCGUCAAGGUCCAUUACUGAAUCAUUAAACAAGGUACCUUCAAGGCGCGGAAGAGAGAGGAAAUCCAAGCGUCACCGAAAAGUUAUCGGAAGUUAGGAUCCUAACUUAAGUUAGAAAUUUUGCUUAAGCAAAUUCUUCUUUUUCCUUCCCUGUUAUCAAUUUUGGUGCGAGGAACUUUGCUAGAUGAACAUUAUAGCUUUUAACACAAGGAAGGUAUCAAGUUUAGGCGUCAAAUUUAUCUUUUUUUAUUUUUUAUUUUUUAUUUUUUUAUAUAUAUAUAUAUAUAUAUUUGAAGUUUUAAACAAUUCUUUUCCAUAUCAUAGCAAUAUCAUACUGGAGCUAUCUCAUGUACUUACUAUCCUGUGUAACUCUUGUUUCUGAAGAAGAAGUAUUCAAAGCCGUUAGUACAAUAGUACUUUGACUCAA